AUGGCGGGGGGUCGGCUGAGCUGGGCGGGGCUGCUCAAAUGGAGCCUCUCCUACGUCGACGGGGCGGGGCCAUCUGGCGCCGUCAGCGAGGAGGAGCGGCGGUGGCUCGCGGAGGCGGUGGAGCGGCACAUGAUGGUGGACGUGGUGAGCCGGAUGAGGGAGAUUGCGCUGCUCAUGAGCACCCCGCCCGCCGUCCUGGAGGCGCAGGGCAUCACCCACGACGACAUCGAAGAUUUGCUGAGUGAGCUGCAGGUGCAUGUUGAGUCUAUCGACAUGGCAAAUGAUUUGCAUUCUGUUGGUGGGUUGGUUCCAGUUAUCAAGUACCUCAGAAAUUCUAAUGCUCGUAUCCGAGCGAAAGCAGCUGACGUUGUAACAACAGUGGUUCAGAACAAUCCGACCAGCCAGCAGUUGGUCAUGGAAGCUAGUGGUUUUGAACCUCUCUUAUCCAAUUUCAGAUCAGAUCCUGACCUUACUGCUCGGAUAAAAGCUCUUGGUGCACUAUCUUCUCUGAUACGGAACAACAAACCAGGAGUUUCUGCAUUUCGUUUAGCCAACGGAUAUACAGGACUAAGAGAUGCAUUGAAUUCAGAAAGUGCAAGGUUUCAGAGGAAAGCAUUGAGUCUGACUCACUAUCUGCUCAGCGAAAGCCAUUCAGAUUGUUCAGUAUUUGCGCAGUUAGGUUUCCCCCACCUUAUGAUGCGUUUAGCUUCCAGCGAUGACUCUGGUGUUCGAGAGGCAGCAUUAGGGGGCUUGCUUGAGCUUGCAAGGGACACAACACUUGGAAAUAGGAGUCUACUAGCAGAACAUGACAGGCUACGACGGCUUCUCCGUGGACGUAUGGAAAGCAUAAGGACGAUGACUCCUGAAGAUUUGGAUGCUGCACGAGAAGAGAGGCAGCUUGUUGACUCACUGUGGAUCACAUGCUACCAUGAACCCUCCAUGCUCCGCAAUGAAGGGCUCCUUGUUCUGCCUGGGGAGGAAUCUUUCGAGCAACCUCCUGAUGUGGCUGGUAGAUUCUUCGAGCCAAUGCGCCGAGCUGCUGCUAGGAGGGCACCCCCUGUUGAGGGAUCAGACCCGGGGGAUGGAACUGGGGGAGGAAUAGUUUUGCUUUUAGGUCUAGCACCAGAUGGUAGAUCAAACUCCCCCAGUCACUGA